GUUGAGUUGAAGGGCCUGAGGGUCUGAGCUCUGACUGCUCUGAGCUACUUCCCCAUUGGCUCUGAGCAGCCUGUGCUCAGCAAGGGCUGAGCAACAGGGGAGGCUCUAGUCCAUAAAAGCGGGGACGAGGCACCAGAACUGCUAUGCUAAGGGGCUUGGUGGUGCUCACAGCUACCUCUUUAGCACCUCCUUCUGAGCCGGAGUCAGGGAGGUCCCUGAGUCCAGGACCAGCCACUGCUGCCUCCGACCUGCUUGGCCAGAAGCUGCCAGGGACAAAACAGAGCACAGGUCACUUAUCUCCAGGCUCUGAGAUCUGCGUGGAGGGAGCUGUUGCAGCAGCCCAAGCCGCAGGAGAAGCUGGGACAGAAUGGCCUGGCUGGGGCUGGUGCUGGCUGCUGGCCUCCUCGUGCUGCCCUCCAUCUCGGCAGACUGCCUGGCCCAGUGCUCCCUGUGCACUGUAAAGACCCAGGAUGGACCCAAACCCAUCAACCCCAUGAUUUGCUCCUUGGAAUGCCAGGCCGCCCUGACGCCCUCUAAGGAAUGGGAGAGAUGCCAGGGAUUUCUGUCUUUUUUCACUCCCUCCACCCUUGGGCUCAAUGGCAAGGAAGACUUGGGGAGCAAGCUGGCUUUGGAAGGGCCUUAUAGUGAGCUGGAAAAGCUGCCUGGACCUUUCCUGAAGGAGCUGGAUAGAAGCAAAUUCCUCCCUAGUACCUCACCAAAGGAGAAUGCUCUGAGCAAGAGUCUGGAGAAGACUCUCAGGGUCUUCUCUGGCAGGUUUGGGACAGGACCAGAACCUGAGCUAGUGGGAGAUGCCCAGCUGAAUGAUGGAGCCAUGGAAGCUGGCACACUCAAUUUUGAUGAGGAGGACCCUAAGGAGCAGGUCAAACGCUAUGGGGGCUUUUUGCGCAAAUACCCCAAGAGGAGCUCAGAAGUGGCUGGGGAGGAGGGGGAUGGGGAGAGGGCAGGCCACGAGGAUCUAUACAAGCGCUAUGGGGGCUUCCUGCGGCGCAUCCGUCCCAAGCUCAAGUGGGACAACCAGAAGCGCUAUGGUGGUUUUCUCCGGCGCCAGUUCAAGGUGGUGACUCGGUCUCAGGAAGACCCUAGUGCUUACUCUGGAGAGCUUUUUGAUGCAUAAAUACCUCCCCAUUGUGGAGUCAAGUCAGGAGCUUCUCCUGACCCCCUUCCACACUGGAAUGCACUCAUCAUCCCUGUGUGGUGCCCCAUCCCACGCUCAGUUCAGCAUCACCUACAAAAUAUCCAAGCCCAGGAGCCUGCCUCUCCUGUGCCUGGGAGUACAGUAAUGGGGAAGAGUGGAGAUCCUUCCCCAGUAGGCUCAGUCCUCGGCUGAGACCCAUAGACUCUAAAACUGCCACUAGCAGUUCCUUCUACUCUGACCGUUUGUCUCCCCAAUUCUAUGAAUUAGAGUAACUUGGGUUUUUUGCCUAUAGACUUAUGAUCUCCAAAUUCAACUUAUCAUAUGCCCUGAUCAGAAGAAAAAUUAGCAUUCACCAUGCAAUAUGUAUAUAUACAUAUCUAUGUAUCAUAAAACAUACAAAAAAGUAGAAACUUAAAAUAAGUUAACUAAACAAAUAGAAAUUCUGACAUUUAUUCCCAAACCUCAAGGGUCUCCUGUGCACUCCACUUUGGAGACCUCACUAUAGGUAAAAAGUUUAAAAACUGUUUUUUUAUUGGAGCAAGAGUUCUGACACUAGAGAGAUCAGCCUUCGAGGGGACUGGAUGUUUAACUGGUGUACUCUGAGUUCUCAUUGUUUAGAGAGCACCUCUUGAAGAACCGAGUUUUUGAACUCCUGGUCAUGUUGGUAACAUGGACAGCGCCCAACUCUUUGCAGAAGAAAAAGUGAAAUCUCUUCCGGGAAUGGUUGAGAGCUGUUCUCUUUCUGAAUGCUUAAAUGAUCAGGGAGGGAGUAAGGCAAAACCAAUUUGUUCUGUGCAACAAACUCAGAAUGUGGACCAGUUCCCUCAGUUCUCAUUAAGCUAAUUAAAUGAAUUGGUAUUACACUUCUACCCCACGGUGAACUGAAGCAGAGUCAAGUGGAUGAAGUUAAGCACGACCAUGUUCUUGAGCAUCUGAAUUGGCUGCCGAGCGUCCAAGCCAUCUGGCCUGACAUAUGCAUUGGGCGUUGGAUAAGGGAAUCCAGAAGCAACAGCUAGAAAGAGAAAAAGGCCCUCUUCAACCCCAUGAUGAUUCUUUCCUCUUAAUGUCUCAAAACAAAACCAGAAAGGGAAAUGAAAUGAUUAAGUGUUAGAGUCCAAAUGAGUUCCCUUGAUUCAAAUAACCCAAAAUCUGAGGCAGGGACCUCCUGAUGUCUUGGUUGCAGUCAAAGUACUCCCUCUCUCUCUCUCUCUUUCUCCUUCAUCCCCAGGCACUAUGUUUUGGUUUAUGGGUCCAAGAGAUGAGGCUGGAUAGGAGAGAAAACAGACUUGAGUUUGGAUAAUUUGUGUAAGAUGCUACUAAACAUACCCCUUCAUGUACAGGCGCCAGGUCUCUCAUGUUUUUCUGAAAUGUAUAGAUUGUUUUAGAGUUAUUUUGUGUGUUUCCAAAAUAUUCCAUUUAUGCAAUUUACUUGGAAUUUGCUUAGUCCUCAAUAGGCCUGUGUAAUUUCCUGCUCCUCUGGUAUAAUAAAUAAAAGAAAGAUGCUGA